AUACGUACAUGUACACCACUUACGCCGAUCUAUGUAGAUACAAUCUCAAUAAGGAACUACACUGUUAUCGCGUUAUACAGAUGCCGCCCCAAUAAAUUUGAAAAAACAGGAGAGGGGAUGAGGAAAAAAUGACAACUUUAUGACGGUCGGUGAAAUAAAACAAAUUAUUUGUAGCCAUUCUUUGAAGCUUGCGCCGUUCUUUGAAGCUUGUGUCAAUAUCUGCAACAUUGGAGCAGCGAACACAACUACGACAUCUGUGGUCACUGGAGCAGCGAAAUGUGAACUUUUAUUUUUACACAAGCUUACCAUGUAUUUGUUCAUGAUAAUUUGGAUUCAACAGCUGCGUAGUUUUGAAUUAGCAAUUAUUACGCUCGAGAAUUUUUUACUCAUAUGGAGACGUCACCAGGGUACCUGUAAAGUGCGAAACGAAAUCGAAACGAAACGAAAUCUACCGAAACGAAACGAAAUCUACCGAAACGAAACGAAAUCUACCGAAACGAAACGAAACCCACCGAAACGAAACGAAACCUACCGAAACGAAACGAAACAGAUUGUAUAACCGAACUCUUUUAAUUAUAAUAAUUAAAAAUGGUAUCUUAGGCCCCUGUGAAAGUUACCACAUAUAAAUAAAAUUCGCCUCCCCUUUGAUGUAGGCUUUCGGCUUGACUGUUACAAAGUUUUAAAAGUUGGAAAGGGGGGAGCAAGCACAAAGUACAUAUCCGUAGUUGAUUAAAUGCCAUGUACAAUUAGUUUCGGAUUCAUACAUUUCAGAACCGAGGGUUACAGUCUCAGAGAUCUGGGGAAACACACUAUACGAGGGGUGGGGUCGCCGACGUUGGAUCCGCCUUUGGGCAUAGAUACAUUGUUUGAAGAAGCUGGUGUCUGAGAAAAUUGAAAGCAGGAAGAGCUCUUAACCUCUUAUUUUAUCUCUAACUGCUGAGGUGCGAGUACUUUCAAUAAUGGAAAAACUCUAUACAUUUGGGAUGUUGCUAAGACGGGGAAUUGAAAACGGGACAGAAAACGGAUUUUUUUUUAAUGCAAUAAUAUUAGGAGGAGGUCGGCAUUUUGUAAACUGAAAAGACUUAUGAACAAGGGGAUUUUAAGCAGAAAUCACAAAGAGAACGGGAGGACAUAUUCAGAAUCCACCGUUUGAUAUACUACAUACAAAUACACAAUAUCCACAUGUAUACAUAUAUUUGUCUUUAGAGCAAAAAAUACUGAAACAUGUAUUUAUGCCCAAAAUCGGAUUCAACGCCGACGACCCCAUCCCUCGUUUAGUGUUUUCCCCCAGACCUCUGACCUGUGAGACUGUAACCUUCCGUUCUGAAAUUUAUGGAUCCGAAGCUAAUUGCACAUGGUAUUUAUGUACUUUGUGCUUAACCCCCCCCCCCCUCCCCUUUCCAACUCUUAAAACUUUGUAUCAGUCAAGCCGAAAGCCUACAUCAAAGGGGAGGCGAAUUUUAUUUAUAUGUGUAAACUUUAACAUGGGCCUUAGAUACCAUUUUCAAUUAUUAUAAUUUAAAGAGUUCGAUCAUACAAUCUGUUUCGUUUCGUUUCGGUGGGUUUCGUUUCGUUUCGGUAGAUUUCGUUUCGUUUCGGCGGGUUUCGUUUCGUUUCGGUAGAUUUCGUUUCGUUUCGGUAGAUUUCGUUUCGUUUCGUUUCGCACUUUACAGGUACCCGACGUCACCAUUGCUGGUGAUCGAUGAGGGGCUGCAAAACUUGGGCCUAUGCUCGACGCCGACGGUCUUUCAGUAGGGAUUUUUAGCGUGUCACACCUGCUGUGACACGGGGCCUCUGUUUUUGUGGUCUCAUCCGAAGGACCGUCCCAUUUAGUCGCCUCUUGCGACAAGCAUGGGGUACUGAGGGCCUACUUUGACCCGGAUCCUCACAAAAGAAAUAAUAUUAUUAUUAUGAUGCUGGUGGAAAUAUGAAUUGGUCCCCCUUUUCCAUCCGUCUCUCCAACUUUCUGAUGCCCGCGUAAUUCCAUAUGUUGAACAUGGAUCAUUGUAAAACUUUUACAUACAUGAAUAGUCAAUGUAUCUCACGGACGCCCUCAUCCGCCAAAAUGUUGUCUGUUCUCCAACCGAUUUUUAUCUAAAGCUUGAAUCAUCUUUAGGCCCCCCCCCCCCUUUUUCAAUAUCGGACAAUCAUAUCGCCAUGUAAAAAUCAAACUGCUAUCUUUGAAAUACCACAUUUCGGAAAACGGACGCGUGGUUCCGCAUUUACAUUUGACUGUGACGUAGGCCGUGUAUAGGUCUACUUUAAGUCAAAUUCCCAGAUCCACCCCUUUAUUAGCUCACCUGAACCGAAGGUUCAAGUGAGCUUUUCUGAUCAAAAUUUGUCCGUUGUCUGUCGUCGUUGUAAACUUUUCACAAUUUUAUCUUCUUCUUCAGAACAACUGGGCCAAUUUCAACCAAACUUGGCCAAAAGCAUCAUUGGGUAAAGGGCUUUCAAGUUUGUUCAAAGGAAGGGCCAUGUCCCUUUCAAAGGGGAGAUAAUCACAAAAAUGCAAAAAUAGGGUGGGGUCAUUUAAAAAUCUUCUUCUCAAGAACCACUGGGCCAGAAGAGCUGAAAUUUACCUGAAAGCUUCCUGAUAUAUUGCAGAUUCAAGUUUGUUCAAAUCAUGGCCCCCGGGGGUAGGAUGGGGCCACAAGGGGGGAUCAAAUAUAUAGGGAAAUACUUUAAAAAUCUUCUUCUCAGGAACCACUAAGCCAGAAAAGCUGAGAUUUACAUGAAAGUUUCCUGACAUAAUGCAGAUUCAAGUUUGUUCAAAUCAUGGGACCCGGGGGUUGGAUGGGGCCACAACAGGGGAUCAAAGUUUUACAUACAAAUAUAUAGGAAAAAUCUUCUUCUCAAGAACCACUGAGCCAGAAAAGCUGAUUUUUACAUGAAAACUUUCUGACAUAGUGCAGAUUCAAGUUUGUUCAAAUCAUGGUCCCCCCAGGGGGGGGGGGGGUAGGAUGGGGCCACAAGUGGGGGGGGGGGGUCAAAGUUUUACAUACAAAUAUAGGGAAAAUCUUUAAAAAUCUUCUUCUCAAGAACCAUUGGGCCAAAGAAGUUGACAUUUACAUGAAAGCUUUCUGACGUAGUGUAGAUUCAAGUUUGCAAAAAUCGUGGCCUCCAGGGGUAGUUGGGGCCAUAGUAGGGACUAAGGUUUUACAUGCAAAUAUAUAUGGAAAGUCUUCAGAUAUGGGCCAAGAUGACUCAGGUGAGCGAUGUGGCCCAUGGGCCUCUUGUUUACUUGUGUAAUAGGUGAGCGAAAAAGUUCACAGGUCUUGCUAUUUCAUUGGCUGUAGAACUGUUUUAUUCAGUUAGAAUCUAGAGAGUUUUUGGUCAGGUUGGUUGUGGUUUGCAUUUGAGCAGUUUUAGUGUCAUUGAGCUGAUUAAUUAGCAUUUUGAAUUUGACAAAGACAUUAUUAGACCUUCAAAUCCAGACUUGACGAUUAGAAGCAUCCAGGCAGCAUUUUGAUGUUUGCAUGCAUUAGACCUUGUCCCAUAGAUAGGUAAUUAAAAGGUAUUACCUUUUGUGAUAUUUAAAACAUGUAAUUUCAUAGUGUUACGUUAUUUGUAAUGCAACUGUAAAUAUUUGAGUAAAGUAUAUUUUACUAUAUUUGAAUUAAGGGAGAUAACUCCUAAGGUUGAAAUGUAUUCUUUUGAUUGUAAAUCGCUGUGAUAUUCAUUGUUACUAUUUUGUCUUUUAGGGCCAUUGUAAUGGACAUUGUAAUCAGCAUUACAUGUAUGUAAUCAUCAUUGUAAUCAUCGUUAUCAUCAUCCUUAUUCGUUUUACCAUACAAUAAAUGACUGUAUUAUGAACUGUAAGCCAGGAGUUGGUUAUUAUUACAUUACAAACCGCCACCCCUGCAACAUUUGGCGCCCAACGUACAUUAAUCAACUCUUCAUUUUAUACACUAGCAGUGCACCAUACAAUUUAAGUGUCACUGUCUCGUUAACACGAGACGAUAUAUGAUCAAUGUUAAAGCAAUACUACACCCUGAAGUCCAAGUUAAUUAUUUAAAAAAUAAAAUAAAAUAAAAUAAAACUAGCUAUCUAAUGUGGAAUAUAGUACGUUUGAUACUGCAGUACCGGAAAUGUUCGAUUUACUUCUACUUUCGUUUUGGUUUCUCUGAAGCAUAUAAUAAAUUCGUCAGUGCUCCUGGUUUGAUCUUCAUGUUUCAACGGAGCGACUAAAUGGCAUUGAAGUCGUUUGACUUGCACUGGGGAAAUGGAACGCUAGGUUUUAAAAUUUACAAGGGCUCCAUCACAAAAAUCAAAGUAGAAGCCGUCAUCAGUGUCUUAGAUCGUGGCAAACCCGGGGGCCUCUCAGCCGCCAUACUGAAGGAAGCAGGAGAGAGUGUUGCCAAAGAAAUCAGAGACAACAUUUCCAGGAAUACCACGGACAAUUUGAUCACAAAGGCGGGGAAACUGCCAUGCAAAUACAUAAUUCAUUGUGCGUGUCCACGGUGGGAAAACCAUCAUGACAGUAGAAGUAAGGCGGGGUGUCUUAAAGAUCUCUGUACCACAGUUAAAAAGGCUUUAGAAGCGGCUUGUCAUAAAGGAAUAAAAUCUAUCGGUCUGCCACCCAUAGGGUCAGGGGGAAAAUUUGGAAUUCCAAAACUAGCAUGUGUUGCUAUGUAUAUAAAAUCUAUCACUGAAUUUCUAUAUUUCCUGCCUGGCACAAAAACUCCAAUCAAAGAGAUCCAUUUUAUUGAUAAAACAGACGACUUGUUAGAAUUAGCUAUCGACACUUACCAGAUUGCUGUUAUUGACCCAAAGUAUCUUGAUGAGAAACUUGUAGUAGAGCGACUGGACGAUUUGAGUAAAACUGGAAGCCAAUCUAAAUAUCCCAGAGGUAUUUCCAGUUCAUCGAACUUUGUGCCUGGAGAGCAGCAAUACCAGAACCCGUACAGCCCCGCCCCCCAGCACUCAUCACCAACGUGUGAACAUUUUACUACAACUCCUAAUGUUCAGGUACAUACGAACAUACCAAAAUCACCAUAUCGCAAAUAUAUCAGAUUCGAGGGAAGAGCGGAGCAUUUUAAUAUGAACAGACUUCGUGUAUUAGUUUACACGGAAGAUCUCACAAAAGUUAACAAUGUAGACAUUCUUGUGUCAACAGAAAAUUUCCAGAACCCUGGAUUAGGGGUGCUGUCGAAAGCAAUUCUUGAUAAAGCCGGUGAUAAAUACAGAAAGGAACAUGCAAAAUUGUUUAUGGCGAAGAAAAAGAGUAAUUCGAAGAUGAUUAUACAAACGAAUGCUGGCCAGCUUAGCUUUAAAGUUGUUUUGCAUGCCGUCAUCGAUAAAUUUCCGAACAUUUUCCCAUCUGAUUAUCAUCUCGAUCAACUCAGGAAAAUGACGAAUAAUCUGCUAAAAUCUGCUGACGAAAAGAAAGUGAAGAAAAAGCAGAACACGCUAUCAGUUGCUCUGCCACUAAUAGGGACAGGAUCGAUUACGAAUUCAAUGUACCUGGCUCAAUAUGCUAGAGCUAUGCUCCUAGGAAUGGAAGACUUUUCGUUAACAAACAUUGUAAAGUUGCAGACUGUGCACAUUGUCAACUUUGCAGACACAACUACGAAUGUUCUUGUUGAAGUAUUUAAGUCCUCCUGUUCGAACCUGUAUCCUCAUGCAGAACAACAAAAUCAGAAUCCAGUUAGACACCAACAGAACCAAAAGCAACCAAGAGAUGAACCUAAGACAAAAUCUGGAAAAGAAACGCAUAAGUUUAACCCACGACAAUAUAAAAUGGUGGAUUCCUGGAAACCAAUUGCGCAACAAAAACAGAAUCUUAAUUCUUAUCUGGUACCAGUCCCCCCUAAAACUGCCUUUCGUGAAGAAUAUAGCAGUUGUAAUACAGCACCUCGAUCUGAAUCAAAACGAGGAAAUCUUCUGAUGAUCGACUCGGAUUCCGAAGAUAGCGACGUUGAGCUUCCAGAACCUACUGUACGUGAACAGUCACUAGGUGGCGCUUGCGCUGCUGUACCAGACGACAAUGGAGCUAUGUGUGUCAUUUGCAUGGAUGAUGUUUUGACUGACCCAGUACAGUUAAAAGACUGUAACCACGAGUUUUGUCGUGAAUGCAUUAUGGAAUAUUUAUCCCAUAAAUCGGCUUGCCCCGUUUGCAAUACGUUGUAUGGAGAGAUGUUUGGAAACCAACCGGAAAAUGGAACAGCUAAGGUAUACGAAGACGACGCCUCCCUUCCGGGAUCCAGAUGUGGAACCCUGAUCAUCCAUUAUGAAUUUCCAGAUGGACAUCAGUCGGAAGACCACCCUAGUCCCGGUGAACCAUAUCGUGGGAUUUCUCGCCAAGGUUACCUGCCUGACAAUAAAGACGGGCGUCGAAUUCUACGGAUGCUGAAGCGCGCUUUUGAGCACCGUCUGAUCUUCACGGUUGGGUUCUCUCGAACUUCCGGGAGAGAAAAUGUAGUCACGUGGAAUGAUAUCCAUCACAAGACCAGGAGAGAUGGGGGACCGGAAAAGUACGGUUAUCCAGAUCCCGAUUACCUGUCUAGAGUUGAAGAUGAACUGAAUGCCAAAGGAAUUUCAGAAAAAUGACCACCUUCAUUCCAUUCGGAGAUUUUUCCUAGAUACGAAGUGUAUAAGAUAUUACCAGUAUUCAAUGUUUUGUUGUUGGAUAUAUGAUUUAGUUCAUGAAUGAGACAAGAAUUGUUUAAGUGUGGUUUUACGAGUGGAAAGCACAAGUUAAAUAUCCCCACAAAAUUCUUUUCUUGGGAGUGAAAUAAAUUAUAUAUCUAACAAAAAUCAUUGAAUUUUUCGUGUAUUACAUUUUCCGCGGAUUAUCUUUUACCGCAUUAAAACAACAGUACUUUUUGUUAUUUCAAUCUUGUUAUUUGCAGUGUUAUUUUUUUCACUUUUGUUAUUUUGUGUUAUUUUUUCACUUUUGUUAUUUUUAGUGUUAUUUUUUCACUUUUGUUAUUUUCAUUUUGAAGGAACUUUGAUUUGCCCCCAGUUUCCAGAAACCCAUGUAAUUCAAUUUACAGUGGUUAUUUGAACAUAAAUACCAAUUCAUUUCAAUCAGUUUGUUCUGUCCUCUCAAACUUUACAUACACACAGGACCCAUAAGAAUAAAAGCAUAAUAUACACCUUAUCAAUUUGGAGAACUGUAUAAAUUCCAAAUAUUUACGUCAAUUAUUAUUUACUAAUUGGGUCAAAUGCUGUCUGAGUGUUCCGUACCAGUUGUUGGACCGUUCUUGGCAUACCAAUUUUGACAACGGAUUACUCCGUUUAACUGAUCGGGAUAUAGGGCUCACUGCGGAUGUGACCGGUCGACAGGGGAUGCUUACUCCUCCUGGGCACUUGACCCCCAUCUCUGGUAAAUUCAGAGGUCCGUGUUUGCCCAACUCUCUAUUUUGUAUUCCUUUUUAGAGUUAUGAGAUUAAUCGCUAUUCAUUAUACAACUAUUCGCUUUUUCAUUGCAAAAAAUAAACUUUAACAGAUUAUCAGACAAAAUAAAUGUAAUUUACAGGUUAACCAUCUACUGAAUUCUUUAUAUACACAUAAACCACUGGCACUUGUUUCUGUGAAUAAGUUAUGGCAUCUUUAUACUAAUAAUAACAUGCUUAUUAUUUAUUUUUAUCACAUGUUUACUCCUUUAUUCAGUGGAUGUCACCCAUUACAUAAUUUUUAAUUAUUACAGUUUUCCUCCACCAUUUGUGACACAAACAUCAAUUUUACAUAAUUUUUAAUUAUUACCCUAAUUUCCUAUGCUGUUUGUGACGUCACAAACAAACGUCAAUUUUACGUAGUUUACAAAAUGUCUGAGGAAGCAAAAUUCCCAACAAAACAGUAACAUAACUGAAUAACCGGAGGGGAGGGGUUAACAUGUGAUAAAGAGAAUCUCCCAUGAUUUGUAGUUGGAUAUGAUUUAUAUCCAACUCUGUGUUUUCAAAGCUCGGGAAUAAACACAACUCGUUGUAUAUAAAUCACAUCAAACCAUGGGAGAUCUUAAUAUAUAUUUAUCACAUGUUUACUUCUUUAUCCAGAGGAUAUCACAAAUUACAUAUUUUUUUUAUUAUUACGCCGUUUUCCAAUGCUGUUUGUGACGUCACAAACAUCAAUUUUACUUAGUUUCUUUACAAAAUAUCAGAAGCAAUAUUCCAAACAAAACGGUACUAACGUAAAUGAAUAACCGGUGGGGGAUUACGUGAUAAAAAUAAAAUAUCCCAUGGUUUGUAGUUUAAUAUGAUUUAUAUCCAACUCGUGUGUUUUCUAUCACCUCGCCAUGGCUUGAGGAGAAAAAACGCACAACUUGUUGAAUAUAAAUCAUAUCAAUCGCAAACCAUGGGAGAUAUCCUAUGUCUCCAAAAAAGACAACCCAUCAUUUCUCUUUUUGUGUGUAGGCACCAAUAGAUACAUAAAUGCAUUAAUUUGUUAUUGUGGGGUGAUGAAUUCUGAAGAGGAAUAUAUGACUCUUUGUUAUUGUUCAGAAAAAACGUGAUGCUGGUCGUUUUAAAUUGUAAUUUUCAUUUGGCUCAGUCUAGGUUGGUAUGCAAGCAUUAAAUUGUAACAAUGCAAGAGAUGAACA